GGAUGGAAGGGCAGACUCACUUGGACACUCUUCCAAGUAUGGUGCCUAUACGAUGAUGAAUUUGAAAACAGGCAAGAUUGUCGAUGUCCAGCUAGUACAGUCUAAUGAAGUUACUUCUAGCAGUGCAAUGGAAAAGGAAGGGCUGGUAAGAAGCAUUGCGUCCCUAAGAGAGAGUGGUGUUUCCAUCAAUACUCUGGUGACUGACCGCCACUCCCAAAUACGGAAGUGGAUGAAAGACAACCUUGCAGAUGUUCACCACAAAUAUGAUAUUUGGCACAUCAGCAAAAGCUUAAACAAGAAAUUGAAGGCAGCUGCUAAUCUUUCCAAUUGCGCAUCAAUUAAGCCUUGGAUACAAAGCAUUACCAACCACUUGUACUGGUGUGCUAUAUCCACACCUUAUGGGAAUGCCGAAUUAAAAGUUGCAAAGUGGAAAUCAAUAGCAAGCCACAUACAAAAUAUUCAUUCUGGACAUGACGACCUAUUUCCGGAGUGUCUCCAUGGUCCGCUGGUUGGCCGAGAACGUAAAAAGAAAUGGAUGGUGCCAGGAAGCAAGGCCACUCAGGUCCUCUUGCCUAUAAUAUUAAACCCCAGGCUGUGCCAAGAUGUGAAACUUAUGAGUGAAACAUUUCAAACAUCGAAAUUAGAAGCAUUCCACUCAACAUUGAAUCAUUUCGCUCCAAAAAUGAAUCAUUUUUCAUAUUGGGGUCAAAAGUGCAGGACUCUGGUAGCAGCAAUGCACUAUAAUGAAAAUGGUGGACGUAUCCAAGCCACAACGAAUGAUGGAGAGAAAUGUUUUGGGGUAGCAUUCCCUAAAUUCAAAAAGGGAGGCUUUGUUGUGAAGCCUGUUUAUGUUGAACAAACAUUCAAGUAUGCAGAUGCAGUAAUGGCACAAGUAAUGGAAACAUGCGCUGAAGGAGAGGUACACCAUUUAGAAGCACCUCCAUCUGCUUUAUGCUCCCACUUUGAACAUCCAAACAAACAGGAGGCUGUAGCACUUCAUCGCUCACGUUUUGUUUGAGAUGGUGUAGCAUGUUUCAGAGUGAAAUUAUGUGUUCUCAUGAUAUUUGUUCUCCAGCCUUUUUUUGACCAGUAUAAAUGUUGUUUUCUGUUCAUCAUUUCAAUAUUAUGUACACAUUUACAACAGUAGUAUAAAACCAGCAAACAAAUAUAAAGUUUAA